GUGAAGUAAGAGCCUAAUAUAUAUUUUAUAACAUCUUUACUGUUAUCAUCUUUACUUCACAUUCUUCAGCUGAUGGCUUCACUUUUGUUUGCAAGACCACAGUUCAUUAUCUGCGGUCUCAUCAUUCAGUCUCUACUGAUGAAAUCUACAGAGACCCUCAGCUGCUCUGAACCUACUACAGAUGGUCUCUUAACAGCCCUGAAAGAAAAUAUCUUUGGCAAAACUGAAAUAAGGCCAGUUAUUAACUUGAAAUCUCCUACCAACAUCAAUGUUACUUUCACUCUGUAUGGGAUUUUAGAUGUGGAUGAAAAGGCACAGAAACUUAACACAUUCCUUUGGGUGAAUCUGGUCUGGAAUAUUGAAGGUUUGAGCUGGGAUCCUGUUGAAUGCGGAACAGACAGAAUUUCUAUACCACGAAAACAACUGUGGAGGCCUGAUAUUGUCAUUAACGAAUUCAUUGAUGAAAAUAAAGUCCCAGACACAUAUUACCUCUACAUUGAAUAUGCUGGUAGGGUAAUGGAUGAUUUUCCAUUUCAUGUCAUCAGUUCUUGUAACCUGGACAUCUAUACCUUUCCAUUUGAUAUUCAAAACUGCACAUUCACCUUUAAUUCAUACCAGCACACUGUGCUGGAUGUUCACUUGUCCUUUGCUGAACCAGUGGAGGAAGCAUUCAAAAAUUCUCUCAAUGUGAUGGCAACUAAAGGAGAGUGGGAGCUGGUCGACAUGCUUGCUGAAAAACCUAUGAUACCUCCUCAAGAAAUGAAUACCUCGCGGGACACACUUACAUACUAUAUCGUCCUCAGGCGUCGAGCGACUCUGUACGUGGUGAACCUCCUGAUUCCCAGCUGCUUGCUUAUUACUGUAGAUCUUUUCAGUUUUCUUCUGCCUCCUCAAAAUGUGGAUCGUUCUGCCUUCAAAAUGACCCUCAUUUUGGGUUACACUGUAUUCCUGCUGCUAAUGAACGACCUGCUGCCCGUCACUGGAAACUCCCUACCUCUCAUAAAUGCUUUUUUCUCCCUCUGCUUGGCUCUAAUGGUGGCCAGUCUUCUGGAGACAAUUCUUAUAAUAAAUAUCCAAUGUGGCUCCACUCACUAUGGACCCUUACCUCAGUGGGUGAAGACGCUCUUCCUUAACUAUGUCGCCAAACUUGUUCAUUUAAGCAAGAAACCCAAUGAGCAAUAUUGUGAUUCUGAAGCAAUUUCUCUUGUGCCCAUAGAGCACCGAACUGAUAUCAAACACUGUGAUCCUGCCGUUGAAAACACCCAGAGUGAUGCUGCAUUUAAAACACCCGCUCUUCUGGAACUCAGGAAGAUAAGCCACGAGUUACUGUCCAUCCGUCAGCAGGUUCAUAAACAUUUGCCAGCUGAUGAGAGUGCAGACGAGUGGAUGCAUUUGGGUCAAGUCAUUGACCGCUUGCUUUUUUGCCUGUAUAUUGCAUUUCUUUCAAUUAGUUUCAUCACUAUUGUAGCCUUCUGGCUGUAUUGGUACAAGAAAAAUGCAUCUUUAAUAUAAAUAAACCAAAUAAACUAUAUAGAAAUGUUGAGUACAGCAUAUAACUACUGCACCUGUAAUAUGUUGCUGUUUAUUAAUGGAAGUUAAUAAUGCUUUAUGGCUAAUAGUUAUUUUCUGCAACAUUUCAUGAUUUUUUUUUGGUCUAUGUGUAUAUUUUCAAAAAUGCUUCACAAACAAUAUUGAGCUGUCUGAAAUAAAAAUGUCACCAAUGGAAUUCUGUUAUGUUUAAAUCCUUUUCAAGUUAAUGAAACGAUACACUAUAAUUUUAAUAGACUAAGAUA